AUGGUGGCCGAGAAGAAUCUGCGAGGAUCGCUGCGAUCGGAAGUGGAUCGCGCGGUCGGCAAGGAUCGAAUUGUGAUCGUUGAUUCGCUGAACGCCAUCAAGGGGUACCGAUACGAGCUGUGGUGCCUGGCACGUGCUGCUGCCACCAAAUACUGCGUGGUGCAUUGCGACGUGGCGGCAGAGACGGCAAGGGAGUGGAACGACAGGCGCAGAGACGCGGGAGAGCCCUGCUACGCUCCCCAUAUUUUGGAGGAUCUGUUGGGUCGAUUCGAAAGGCCGGUGGGUCGCAAUCGCUGGGACUCGCCCCUCUUUGAACUUCAUCCUGCCGCCGAGCAAGCGGCAGAGGAGGCAGAGCAGGUUAUAGGCGAGGUGGUGACACUGCUUGUGGGAGGAAGCGGAGCAGCAAACGGACAGGGGCGAGCAGGCAGGGCGUUGCAACCAACAGUUGCCACUCAGACAGCUACAGCGUCAGAUGCCAAUGUGCUGUAUGAGAUGGACCGGGCCACAAAGGUAAGGAAAAGAUUGAGGGUUCAGGUGGUCCGAGGCAUCGCUAGGAGGCGCCUCAUCACCAUUCACAGUAGAUUUGGGACCUAG